GGGAAGGGAAGGGAUGGGAAGCGUCUCCCCCGUCUGCUCUACAGGCUCUGAAUGGACGCGCUUCCCAAGUGUCUUUGUGCGCCACCGAAGCUCUUUCGCACUCGAAAAUAGACACAAAAGCAGGAACGGCGCGAGGCCCUGCGGUGGGAACGUGCCGCGUCCGCGCGCCACCACUUCCCUCCGAUUCGCGUCGGAGCUGCGCUCGCGUCUGUCUGGAUACUUUUUGCGAAGAUCAUCAUAGCAACGCGACGCUCGCUGCGUCGCUCCGCCAAUGUAAAUUAUACAACAAGAUCCAAAGAAUCGUCAAGCGACCCGCAGCCUUUUAUUUCCUCUUUAUUUCUAAAAUGUAUCUUUUAUUUAUUUAUUUUAUGGGCGCAAGCAGUAGUAGCGUGCGGUUAUUGUGUCGGCUGUGUAUAAUAAUUAAUAAUAGUACGGGCGCCGUGGGUGUAAAUACACUGCACACCGGACCGGUUACGGUGUAAAGUGAGAGUAGGGACUGGGAGCCGCUAGUGUGUGUGUGUUUUGCCUCCGGUGUCGGGUGUCGGGCGUCGGAGGAGCUGCUCAGGAGUGUUGCUGUCGGGGACAAAAGGGACCGGGCGGAAAAAAUGGGCAUCCUCGGCGCGCUCCUCAUCGCAACUCUCCUACUUGGUGCCACUUCAGCCAAACGUGUCGUGACUAUUCAGAGUGGGCCGUUGGUGCGCACUCAGGGCUCUCACAUCACCAUCUGGUGCAAUGUGACGGGCUACAAAGAAGGUGUGGAGCAGGACUUCGAGUGGUCGAUGUACUUGCACUCGGCCCCUGAUCGCGAGAUCCGGAUCAUUAGCACCAUCCAGCCCAACUACGCCUAUGCCGUGUUUGCCCAACGUGUAAACAGCAAGGAGAUCUACGUGGAACGCUUGGGACGGGAUGCGGCCGUGCUGCACGUCACCAAGCUGGAGACCAAGGACCAGGGCCAAUUUGAGUGUUACACCCCCAACACAGAUGGAGAGUACCUGGGUUCAUACAGCGCUAAGACCAACCUCACUGUCAUUCCUGACACCCUGAGCGUGACAUCGGUGGCACAGAGCCUGAACAAGGUGGAGGGUGACAUGCUACAGCUGACCUGUGAGGUGACCAGGCAAACUUACCAGCACAGCCAUCUCUCUGUGGGAUGGUUCCUCCGCUCCCCAGACCACAGCAUACCUCCCCAGGACAUGGUCACCCUCUCCAGGGAUUUUGUGCUUCACGCAGGCGGGCCCUACAAGCAGCGAUUCGCCUCCGGAGACGUGCGCCUAGAUAAGACCAGCAGUACAGCCUACAGGAUGACCAUCUACAGGUUGCUGCCAGCAGACCAAGGCCUGCUCUACUGCGAGGCGGCCGAGUGGAUCCAAGACCCCGACCAGUCUUGGUACCCCAUGACUCGGAAGCAGUCGGAAAAGACCAGCCUAAAAGUCCAGCACGCAGAUAAGGACUUCAGCAUUCAGGUGACCACAGAGCGUCGGGCCUACACAGUAGGGGAGCCCUUCGAGCUUCGCUGCACUCUUGAUGCCCAGAACAUCUUGGAUAGAUACUUCUCGGUGUCAUGGGUGUUCAGCAGCUCACCUGUGGCUGUUGUGGGACCCAGUGCAGUGCCCGUGUUGGGUAGCAACUAUGUGGAACGUGAAGCCUCGGGGCAGAUGACCAUCCGCAAGGAAAGCCCCUCUGUCUUUCUGCUGAAGCUGCAGCACCUUCGACAACACGAUGCAGGGAAAUACAUCUGCAGGGUCACAGAGAGGGAAAAAACGCCGUCUGGAGAUUUUGUCGAUCGAACCAAGAGGUCCCGUAAUGUCCAGAUCUCUGUCCAGCCAAUAAGAAGCAACAUGACUGUUUUCUUGGCCAGUAACUCAACAGAGGUGCUGGAAGGAGAGCCAGUUCAGCUGACCUGUUCUCUAAGGGCCCUAUCAGACAAGGCCAGCAGUGUGUCAGUUUUAUGGCAGUGGACGGGCAAGGGGUCCCUGGCACCACAAGAACUGGCAUCUGUGAACCGUGAAGGGAUGGUGAAGCCUGGUCCGUCCUACCGUGAACGCAGCAGUUAUGGAGAAAUCCGUGCAGAGCGGCUUCGCACCGACACCUUCAUACUCUACAUGUACAACUCCUUGCCCAGUGAUGAGGGCCAGUACAAGUGUGUAGCCACAGAGUGGAUCCAGAUGUAUAACUAUACUUGGGAGAAUAUUGGAGAAAAAUCAGCUUCCAGGUCCAUCACCAUCAAAACAGUUGAAUCGUCGUUCUUUGUAUCGGCAUCCUCACGGACACCGAGCAUCACUUACGGCGACUCCUUUGACCUGCAGUGCAUCGUAAAGCCUCGCUACAACCCACGCAUCCCUGUUACAGUAACCUGGCGCUUCCAGCCAUCUGAUGGCGCCAAUGGAGAGUUUCGUGACCUGGUCACCUUCACCCACGAUGCAGCGCUGCAGUGGGGUGACCAGCCACUGAGCCUUGGAACCCGCGCUACCAUUGAAAAGUCUGCCACAAAUACCAACUUCAAACUCGGCGUGAGCCGAGCAGGACAGCAUGAGUCCGGGACCUUUCAGUGCAAAGCGGAACUGUGGAGAAAGAACUACGACAGCACUUGGACCAAAAUAGCGAACCGUUCCUCAAAUUUGCUUGGCAUCAACGUGUUUAAACCAGUGAGCAAGCUCCGGGUCCAGCAGUCAAACCAGAGUUUGUGGUUCGUGGAGAACAGCCGUGUGUGGGUCAACUGUUCCAUUACGUCCCAAACCAGCUCAGAUUCCCAACACACAGUCUUGUGGUAUGCCCGCAAAAGUGGUGAACCCAGCACUGCACCUGAGCUACUGCUGAAGAUGAAUCACAAUUCAGCUUUUGAGUAUGGCACCUAUGCAGAGGAAGAACGCCUUAAGAGCCGUGUGCAAUCUGAGCGCCUCUCUCCUCAGCUCUACACGUUAACUAUCCACCGAGCUGAAACCAGCGACACUGGGACCUACUUCUGCGUGGUGGAAGAAUGGUUGCUGGAUCCUUAUGGUGCUUGGUACCAGCUGGCCAAGGAGUCUUCUGGAUUCACCAAGGUGGUGGUGAGACAGCCAGAGAUUCAUCUUCAAGUGGAGGAGACUGAGUCAAACAUUACAGUAGAAGAGACGGGGUCCAUUCGGUUGGGUUGUAGCAUCUUGUCCCAGUCAACGAAGGACUCGCACUUCUCCGUAUCCUGGUAUGUGGUUCGGUCUGCCCAGGGGGAGGAAGCCGAGGCAGACUGCGUAUUCUCCAUCGGGCAUGAUGCCAUCUUUGGAAAUGAAAACUGCAGUCCCGCCGAGGCUCUUGAGCUGGACUCGCGUUUACAGUUUGAGAGGACAACCUCUGACCACUACAGCCUGACCAUCCAAAGGGUUCGGCCUGCGGACAGCGGGAACUACUAUUGCCAUGUGGAGGAGUGGCUGCUCAAUCCCAGGAAUGUCUGGUACCGUUUGGCCACAAACAACUCUGGAGUCACUGUAGUCAAUGUGCUUGAGCAGGUGUCUACACUCCAAUCUGUUGUCUGCUCCAUUGACUCCCUCUUUUACUUUGUAUUCUUUUAUCCUUUCCCAAUUUUUGGCAUCCUCCUUAUGACUGUUCUGUUGGUGCGUUACAAGGCCCGAAGCCUCAGCAGAAGCCAGGAAGGCAAGAAUGGUGCACCACUGCUCUGGAUCAAAGAGCCCCACAUCAAUUAUUCUCCAACCUGCUUGGACCCCCCAACCUUGAGCCUCCAUCCUGGUUCAGUAGAGUAAGAGCACUGCAGACCCCUUGUCCACAAACCCUUACCUCGAUGAAGAGGAACAAACAACCAGGAAAAUUUUGGAGCUUAUUUAAUGCCUGACCUGGUCUGUCAGCUCUCUGUCAAAGUCUCCAAAGUGUCCACUUUUCUACUACUUUUUUCUGGAGCAGGUCCACUGGGCUGUUUUUCAGAGGAGUUUCAUCUUCAAAAAAUUAAAUUUAUUCUGUAUGUUUUAUUGAUUGUUCACCAGAUAGAACCAUAUACAGUACAUCUUAUUUUGUUGAGUACUUGGACCCACCGGGCUGUCUCUUUUUCUUUCAGUCAUUAGAAUAAAAGGCUAAAAUUUGACCAAACUAAUACAAAUUAACUGCACAGUCUUCUGAAAUGUCAGAUUUCAUGUUAGCAUGAAGACAGGUCUUUUGGAUACUUUUCCAUUCUUUCAUGUUUUGAAUGUAUGGGUUGUUUUUCAGCGGUAUAAUACAUGCCAUUCUGGUGUUUGUUUAUACACAGAGUGUAGCUUAAUUCUGAAAAAUCCCAGAAGAAAUUAUGGAACUGAUGAUAUCUGAAUACAGAAGAGUGCCAUCACAUAAAAACCAUUCAAAAACAGAAAUGGCUAUGGACUGCAAACAACUAAGACUACAAGUAAGAGUGAUACUAAGUGAUAUUGUUUCUUGGAAUGAGGUGAUUCUGUUUAGAGGCCUCAUCUCUGGACACUGGCAUGACAGUGGGCUCAAUCCUGGAUAGUUCUCAGUACCAAAGAGCCAUGAACACAUGGUGGGAACAGCUUCAGUUUGUGUCUUCAGCACCGGUAACAUCUGUCAGGCUCGAUGCGGGAUGGGGUGUCAGUUGUUUCUGAAUUGCCAUAAAUACACUGGAAAAUAUGGACAUGAACAUUACUUGACCUCAGUUGUGCCAUUUCAGAACAAGAAGCAAUAUUUGCAUAAAGAACAGAUACAACAUUUUCUCACGAGAAAAGACUUUUUGGCGUUUUAGUGAUUAACUCACCAUUUUGGGAAAAUAUAAGAUGAUUGAUUAAUUAUGGAGAACCAAACAUUUUAAUUUUGUAAUCCUGUAACACCUCACUUCACCGUUGCGAGACGGAUACAAAUAUGUAAAAGGUUAAAAGGUGGGUGAGGUCUGCUGAUAACGUUACCGAUUACCUGAUUUCCGUAACAGUCUAAAACCAAAAUGUCUGGGUGAUGGAACGGAUGCUUCACAUCUGUCUGAAUCCUGCACUGUAUCUUCAUCUACAGCUAUGGAGAGUAGAGAAACGUGUUUUAAUUGUUACUCAACACAGAUUCCUAUUUUUGCUGCCGAAUUGAAGUGUGCACUCUUAUGCCCUUACAACAUUCUACAGUAGUUGUAAAUCUUUUCAAAGAACAUUUUAGUGCCAAGAAUGUUUUUAUCGUCAGUCUUGCAGAAAUGUAGUGCCUGAUCAUUGCCAGAGAGGUAGGAGAAGAACAAAAUCAAACAGAUGUGUGCACAGAACAUAAUUCUUCAGGGGUGGUAUUGGCUCCAAAUUCAUUGAGUAAUCUUUUGGACAUGGUGCCCCUGGCUACAGUAUGUCCAUUAUUCCCUGCGAAGACCUAUAUGCUGCAUUUGAAUGAAAAUAAGAUCUUUAAAAAAAUAUAGCAACAAAGCUUGCCUAUUCUUUCCGUUCCACAGCAUCCGGGUAUUGACACCGACGUCCCGCCACUCUGUUCUGUUUUCGUGGACUUUACUGCCAUCUAUCGGCUGCACGGGUAAACACAGGUCGCGAUAACUUCGCCACAAUCAAAAUUGUGAAAAAAUGAAGCACGUGCAAUUUAAAAUAAAUACAUUGAAGAAGGAAAAAAAUAGCACCUUCAAAAGUUUAUAAUCCUAAAAAUGUAUAAUUUGUAACCCUAAGAGCCAGUCCUGUUUUUAAAUCCUGGAUUGAUUGGUGUUCUAUUUGAAAUUUCAAUAUACUAUUCAACAGUUUCAUUCGUUGUGUGCAUUUCAAAGACAAACAAAUGACUGGAUGGUGGACACCAAUUUUAUGACACAAAGUAACUGAAAACAUUGCAGGUUUACCGCUAAAUCUGCAUCCAGCUGGGUGGAGCAAAGUCACGGUAGAGAUGUUGGUACCCAUCGUUAAUUUGUGCCAGAUUAUAUCUAGAGAAAAUACAGAGCGAGCUUGUACUAGUUGUACUGUAUUCACAAGCAAUGUAAGACGUAGCUUGUAUUCUUAUCUUCUUACUCUUGUCAAAAUAUGUAUUGCAUGACAAGCAGGAAAAUUUUUGAUGUUUUGUAAUUUUGCAUUAGACUCACGUAUUGUGCAGAUGGACUGCCUUAUGCAAUGUCUUGCAAGAUCAAUGCCAAUCUCUCUAUUACCUUGACAUUGCAAAAAAUCCUUUUUUGUGAAUUCCAUACCUGAAAAACUAGACAGUUAUACAAUGGCUGGUAAUGAAGAAAGAUAUUCAUAUACCUUAAGUGAUCUUGAAGACUAGGAAGUCUGUUCUGAGUCUGAGGCUGUCAUGCUGAUUUCAGUCACUUUUUUUUCUACGUUUGUUCCAAUAAGAAGUAAUGGUGCCUGGCUAUUCCCCUAACAAAUAAGCCUUGAUUCUUUCAAUGGAUUAUAUCAUCAGCUAAAUAUCUUCUCAAUCGUUAGGACAUAAUUUCAAAUGUGAAAGUCUAACAAGAAAUUUAUGGUGAUGAAACUAUAUAGGUUGACCUCCUUAACGACUCAGUCACCUAAGAGAUACCCAGCUCAGAUUGCUGUCCAGAUCUGGAUUGUUAUUCAUCAGGUGGCACCCAUUUGGAAAAAUAUCCCUCUUAGGUGCUCUCUACAUGUGACUCCAACUAAUAUAUGAGGAAAUUGGGAUUUACUUUUGAUGAAUGUAUCUGGUGAGCACUCAGCUUUUCCAUAUGGGGUCAGCUGACUCAUCAAAAUUGGAAAGUUGAAGCUGAAAAGAAGGCAAAGUUGACAAGGCUCAGAGUCAGAGGACCACAUAUCAGCUUCCUUCUGUUUUAUGAAUAUAAAUAAAUUGGAGGAAGCAGGGAAAAAGGUCAGUUGUGUCCUUGGAUAAAGUUUUUUUUUUAAAAAAAAACAAAUUUUAUUAACCUGUGUCACUGCAGUAUAGUACAGCCAAGAGUGAGAAAUGAAUUGGAUAUGUUCAAAUUCAUAAAAAUUGUGGGAAAACUAUGGUUUUGUCAGUUUGCUAAAUGGCCCAUUUUUUGUAUCUAUAAAACACAUUUAAAAUGCAUUGUUCUUUACUACAGCAAUGGGUGGUAAAGCCUGUUACACAAAGGUAAAUAACAGUCUGACUUCUACAAUUGGGGCUAUGAUUUAGUUGAUCAGAUGUAUAGAUUUUGCUGCAUUGCCAAGGAAAUAAGAGAAAUGGCAUUGGUUUUUGGUGUUACAAGAAAGCAGUCAGGUCACACUGUACAAAAUAGCAGAGAAUUGUGUUUUAGUAUUUUGAUGUGAACAGUUAAUGCUAACUUUCUCAUGGUGAUGCCAUUAUAAGAACAUUGUUUUGGAUCUGUACUGGCUGAAGAAUAGUUGUACAUUUUUGUAGUGGUGUGUUCAGUUCAGCUAGUGCUGCUUGCCUGUGGUGUGUUUUAACUAUAUUUUAAAUUCUGAACUGCUCUGAUUUCAAAGGGAAGCAUAAUAGCUAGUUAUGAUUUAUUUUGUUUCAAUGUGAUAAAUUUUGACUUUUGUUUACGGAAAUGUAGCGAUUGCUAUCAAAGGCAAGAAAA